GGUUGUUUUCUCGUGGUCUCGAACUCGCGCGCUCACGCCCUCCCCCCCCACCCCUGACAAGCGGCGGGGUGGAGGAACGGCGGCGGUGGCAGCGGCGGCUGUAACAUCGGAUACACUUCUGUCUCCUCUCCGGCGAACCGGUUCCUCUUCCCCCUCCCUCUCACUGUUUGUUGUGUGUUUGAUGUGUUAAAGCAGGAGCGAGAACGCGAGCAGCGCCAUGAGCAACACUACCGUCGUCCCCAGUACUGCGGGCCCGGGCCCCAGCGGCGGGCCCGGCGGCGGCGGCGGCGGCGGCGGAGGCGGCGGCACCGAGGUAAUCCAGGUGACUAAUGUCUCCCCGAGCGCUAGCUCUGAGCAGAUGCGGACCCUCUUCGGUUUCCUAGGCAAGAUCGACGAACUGCGCCUCUUCCCGCCAGAUGAUUCACCUUUGCCAGUUUCAUCCCGUGUCUGCUUUGUUAAGUUCCAUGAUCCGGACUCAGCAGUUGUGGCACAGCAUCUGACAAACACUGUAUUCGUUGACAGAGCUUUGAUAGUCGUACCAUAUGCAGAAGGAGUUAUUCCUGAUGAGACUAAGGCUUUGUCUCUGUUGGCACCAGCUAAUGCAGUGGCAGGUCUUCUGCCUGGUGGUGGACUCCUGCCUACCCCUAACCCACUUACCCAGAUUGGCGCUGUUCCACUGGCUGCUUUGGGAGCUCCUACUCUUGAUCCUGCCCUUGCUGCACUUGGGCUUCCUGGAGCAAACUUGAACUCUCAGUCUCUUGCUGCAGAUCAGUUGCUGAAGCUUAUGAGUACUGUUGAUCCCAAGUUGAAUCAUGUAGCUGCUGGUCUUGUUUCACCAAGUCUGAAAUCAGAUACCUCUAGUAAAGAAAUAGAGGAAGCCAUGAAGAGAGUACGAGAAGCACAGUCCCUAAUUUCUGCUGCUAUAGAACCAGAUAAGAAAGAAGAAAAACGAAGGCACUCAAGAUCAAGAUCACGCUCUAGGAGGCGGAGGACUCCCUCAUCUUCUAGACACAGGCGGUCAAGAAGCAGAUCAAGAAGGAGAUCACAUUCUAAGUCAAGGAGUAGACGACGAUCCAAAAGUCCAAGACGGAGAAGAUCUCAUUCCAGAGAGAGAGGCAGAAGGUCAAGAAGCACAUCUAAAACCAGAGACAAAAAGAAAGAAGAUAAAGAAAAGAAACGUUCCAAAACACCACCAAAAAGUUAUAGCACAGCCAGACGUUCCAGAAGUGCAAGCAGAGAGAGACGACGACGACGAAGUAGGAGUGGCACAAGAUCUCCUAAGAAGCCUAGGUCACCUAAAAGGAAAUUAUCUCGCUCACCAUCCCCUAGGAGACAUAAAAAGGAGAAGAAGAAAGAUAAAGACAAAGAAAGAAGCAGAGAUGAAAGAGAACGUUCAACAAGCAAAAAGAAGAAAAGUAAAGAUAAGGAAAAGGAUCGGGAAAGAAAAUCGGAGAGUGAUAAAGAUGUAAAAGUUACACGGGAUUAUGAUGAAGAGGAACAAGGGUAUGACAGCGAGAAAGAAAAAAAAGAGGAGAAGAAGCCAACAGAACCAAGUUCCCCUAAAACAAAAGAAUGUUCUGUGGAAAAGGGAACUGGUGAUUCACUAAGAGAAUCCAAAGUGAAUGGGGAUGAUCAUCAUGAAGAAGACAUGGAUAUGAGUGACUGAGUAUUGCCUCCAUGGGAAUCCAACUGUAUACAUGCAUCAGUGUCAUUCCUUUGUGUGAUUUCUUAACGCUGUACUUGUUCAUCUCAAACCUAGAUGUAUACAGCUCUGAGUUAUAAAUGGUUAUAAAGUUCCUGAUAAUUGAUAUUAUUUACAUCCAAAAGCUUUUAGAAAAUGAUACAUGAGUAACCAAUUCUUGACAUGGUGAAAUCUGAUUGAGUAUCCAAGCAGUCUUACUAUUCUGGUGCUGCUUCAUAACAAAAAUGAAAAGCUGCAUGCAUCUACAGCAGGCAUGGAUUGUUUAUGUUGUAUGAUCUCCUUUAUUAAGUAAGUUCACUUAGUAUUUCUAGAACUUGAUUCAUUGCCGUAAUAGAGCCAUGUAGGGAAUGCACUGAUUGCAUGUUAAUUGUGGCAGGAAUAUCCUAAAUGUCAUUAAAAUCCUCCAACACGAUGGAUCUACUUAUGGUCUUGUUUGUUGACAUGACAAAUUAACAUUCUUACAGUUACAUCUGAAAAUGAACAUUUGAAAUAGAUAAUCCGUGAAGCCUUGUGGCUAAAUUUUUGUGGCUUUUGUUUAACUUUGAAAGGUUAUACAUGCACUAACCUUUUUUGAUGGCUGAUUAGGCUUUAAUUACAGAAACCAGAUUUCAAAUGAAACUGUCUUUGGCAGUGAGUAAAUAGCAUAUUUUGAAGUAGAGUUGUAUACUUUUUCAUAAGGUGUUUGGGAAUUUUUUUUCCUGAAAUAAUUUAUUCCACCUCUACAUCAGUGAAAGCUUCUGCUUAUCCUGAGUCCGUCUGUAAAAGAAAAGUUAUCUCUUGUCCUGAUUUUCAAUUUCACCUUUUAUUAAUUUGUUUUAAUCUCAGUGUUAGAAAAAGGGGCUAGUGCAUUUUAAAUUGACCUUCAUAUGCUUUUAAAAUGAGACAAAUCUACUUGAUAAUGUACUUUUUAUUUGAUCUCAAGUUGUAUAAAAACCAAUAAAUUUGUGUUACUGUUACUGCAGUAGUAAUCUUAUGCACACAGUGAUUCCAUGUUAAAUGCAAAGUAGUUAGGCAACUUUUUCUUAGUUACAGGAGUUUCAAGCUUCACUUUUGUGCAGUAAAAACAAAAGUAGGCUACAGUCUGUGCCAUGUUGAUGUACAGUUUCUGAAAUUGUUUUACAAGACUUUGAUAAUAAAACCCUUAAACUUAUGUUCA